AUUAGCAACAAUGCAAGCUGAGCGCGAGCCAGCUGAGAUUGAAUGCGAUAUUGCAUGAUACGCUGCUUAUUCCUUUGAAGUUAGAAUUUGAUGCAGCACCGAAGUAAACCAGCAUCACUUGGAGUUGGAAUAUUGUUUUUACAAACGCUAGACGAUGUUUGUUGCAUGUGAGUAUGUCAUAUUUGCGCUGAGUAUACUGCCUGGGCCGUAAUAGUUUACUGCCAGAAAACGCCCCCAAUUUAGCAGCACACCGCGCCCGUUACCUUGCCCGAGCCGAGGGCGAGGCGAGGCCGAGGCCUAGGAUGCGGGUGUUGCCCGCUUGCUUGUGCCUCAAUCGCGGUGGCUAGCUUGUCAUCCCAUCUAUCUUGUUAGCUAGGCUAGGUACUGGAUCAAAAUCUCAGACAUUCCUCGUGCAAAAUUACCCCUUUUCACCGUCUACAUGUACUUUAAAAAUUCACUGUCUACUUUUAUUUUGAUAAGGAUUUUUGUUGUCAAUCACUCAGUAUAUAAUGCAUGGUUGGUAUGUACAUCGGAGGGUACCCUCAUUUUUACACUCAAAUUUCCGUUCCAGGCAAGGCAUAGCAUUUUUAUCUUAUUGAGAAAAAGAACAAAGGAAGCCGCUCCAAAGCAUAGCAUUUUCUUCUUAUUCAACAAAAAAGAAGAAAGAAAUUUGCUCCAAAGCUUCGCAUAUUUUUCGUUACGUCGUUCCGCCUGCAUUGAUCCACUACAAUUAGCUGCAAUUUCGGUGAUCAUUUAAUCAAUCAUGAACUUGUACAAUUAGUUUUCACUUUUUUCAUUUUGUGUAGGGUUUGUUUUGUUUUUUUCCUUUUUUGUUUCAUCUUGAUGUUGUUUGUUUCUUUGUUUUGUUUGUUAUUUCUUGGCAAAUAAGUUUCUAAAUUCUUUACUCUGUCAAUUGCAUUUUUUGUCAAAUUGCUUAAUAGGCAAGAUAUCUUGACAAACUCAACUUUUGGGUUUUUAUAAUUUCCUCAUUUCCUUUAUUAAAUACACAAAAAAGUUUGUAUAAUGUGUGGUUCACAUUUGCUCAAUUGUUUAAGUAUUUUUUUAAAAUGAAUUAUUGUAUUGUCGUUAUUAUUAAUUGGAAAUAAAUCACAAAAAUGAAUUGAUAAAAAAGAAAACAUCUCAUAGUACUAUUAAACCAGGCCCCAGUCUCGCAGUUAUACAAAUAAAAGUAAUUUUCAACUUGCAUGUGUGUAGGAGGGACCCUGAAUUGUGAUGAGUGCUGAGCUGAAGAAGGGCAAAAAAGAAAAUGAUAAGAAGAAGAAAAAGAAGAAAGGCAAGAAGAGGAACGAUAGUAACAUAGACGACCUUCAGCAAGAUGUAGAUCAGGUCGCGGAGAUCAUGGUGUCUAAUAUUGACAAGCUACUGGAGAGGGGUGAUAAGCUAGACGAUUUGAUGGAGAAUGCUGAGGAUCUAGAAGCUCAGGCGAAAGGCUUCCAAGUUGUCACAAAGAAAGUGAAAGAAAAUGAGAAAUGGAAAUACAGAAAAACAAAGAUCUGCCUGGCGCUGAUAAUCAUCUUCAUUUUGAUAGCCAUUGUAGCGAUCAUCCUAUUGGUAAUAAAGCCAUGGUAGUAAUGCCAGAAUACUCUCCAGUGUUUCUCAGCCAGCCAAAGGAUCCAUCCAUGGAGCGCCCUCUUGUGUCAUAGUAUUGAAAGGAGCGCAAAACUGGGCCAUGUGGCGUGCACCUGUAAUCUGUAGCCUGCAUGGUGAAAGUUACAAAUUGAUGCAGAGGUUCGGGCUUGUCACAUCCUUAGGAUGGUGACGUUAAAGAUAAAUGCCACUUGUGGCAACGAUCUCAAAAUGAGUUCAAACAGAAUCCAAUAAAAUUUCAGACCACCCAAGUGGUUGUAUGUAUGAAUAAAAAAUAUGUGCCAAAUGGCUCUGGAAUGAGCAAAAUAAGCACAGAAUUUCAUCUGUCAGGUAUUCUUCCAAAUAAUAGUAAGCUACCUUGUUCCAAAGGUUUCAUUUUGUAAUUCCAUCUCAGAAAUGAGCAAAAUAAGCACAGAAUUUCAUAUGCCAGGUAUUCUUCCAAAUAAUAGUAAUACUGUACACUGUCCCACAUAUGCCUUUUUUUGUUAGUGAUCAUCAGAAUGAUCGGUUUUCAGCUAAGAUUUCAUGAUUUCACAAAGAUGAGUUCAUUUCAAUGUACCAGAACUAGAUCUAUGAUAAUAUGGUAGCAUUUAACCUUGAUUUUAAAGACUUUUUCAUGAAAUAAUUAUUUGCUGCAACUGCUAUCUUUUAGUUUUAAAGGUCGUGCCCAGAUGUGAAUAAUCAUAUCUGAGUGAUACACAUGUAAAACUCAACUAAAUUCACUAAUGCCAUCUGAAAAUAAGGAAGAAAAAUCAGGGUUUUUUUUUUGCCAGUAUGUGCUGCAUUUUUCUAAUUACACUUCUUCCAAAGAGAUUAACUUCAUAGCGGCGUAUAGUGCCAAAAUGUUGAAAUGACAGCUGUAUGAAGAAUGGUGGAAAACUCAGGGUCUUUGAUGAUGCACUUAUUGCACUAUCUCUGGCUACAGUCACACCUAUGAAACUGACUCAAGGCAAAGAUUCUACAAGGUGAAGAUCGGACACUUCGGCACUUUUUUGAAACGCUCCCAAACGCCCGAUAAAAUGCUCAUGGGGAAGGACGCCCACUAGCGUUGAGUAAGUAAACCAUCCCACAUCGGCACGCAGUUGUGUAUAAAACAUAUUUGGGAAAUGAGAGAGGGGACUUUGGAGAGGGCUCAAGGGUGGUGCAUGGGAGUAAUUCCACCUUUUAUUACCCAGAAACCUCUGAAAUGUAUUCAUCUUUAAUUUAAGAAAAAAAAAUAUAUAAAAAUCGUCUAUUCCUUAAACCCUUCACCAUUUCUCUCAUAUGUUUUGUACACAACCAUCUCUCGAUACGCAAAGGAUAAAAAAGGUUGUUACAUCAAAGCUGUGGGGCGCUCUUCCCCAGUGUUUCAUUAGUCGGUCUAUGUACUGUCCGAUCUUCCCCUUGUAGUAUCUUUGCUCCAGGCAAAACCGAUGAUAUGUCAUUGGUAAAAGCGUAAAAGCUUUUGUUGGCUUGGUAUCAGUUUUGCUGGUGUGACUUCAGCGUUACACAUUUACCAAAGAGGUUGUCUUCCUUAGAGAACUGCCAAGAUUAGAGUAUUCACAGCUCAGAAACCGGGGAGUUGGUCAUCGAUGCAAGUGCAACCAUAACAUAAAUAAGCUCAGGUUUGUCCGGCUGUUUUCAAAGAACUCCUCACAAUCGCACAAAAUGCCGAAGAAGGAACAGUGAAUACCUUGAACAGUGGAAUGUCAAAGAAUACAUACAGUGCUCUUUCUUAUUCGUGAAGUACUGAAUUUGUUACUCUAUUCCAACAGGCAGUUGGGUUGACAUUAAGUACAGAAAGAAUAUCCCUUGCCUAUGAUAAACAAAGGUUGAAGUGUUGCUAAAUGACGAUGGCAAAUCAUAUUUGUUGAAUGUAUGGGCAAUUUGCCAGAAACACUAACCGGGAAUCAUUAGAAGUGUUAGUUCAUAUUUGCAAUUCAUUCCAGACCUUCAUGUUAUAGGGCCCUGGACCUUGUUAAAGGGGAACUUCACCCUGACAAAAAGUUUAUUGUAAAAAUAGCAGAAAAAAAUUAUUAAAAAUAUUACCGAAGGUUUGAGAAAAAUCAGAGAAUUAAAAAGUUAUUAGAAUUUUAAUUAUGUGAUUUGGGACGUAAUAUGUGAACAGCAUUUCUACAUAGCCAAUGGUAAAAAAAAAUCAAUGAAAUGUCAUUUUCUCAGAAAAUUGAAAACGGUUGUUAUUGUACCUCUUUUGUAUUAAUAGACAAAUCAUUUCACAGCCGAUAAUGAAGAGCAAACAGAAAUAAGUCAUCAGGAACCAUUAAAAAAAUUAAAUUCAUGCAUUUUAUAUUACAUAACAUAUGGGGCAGCUGCUUGUUUAUGGUGUCACAAAUCCAAAACUUAUAAUACUAAUAACUUAGUCUUUGAUGGAUUUUCCUCAAACCUUCACCAAUAUUUUUUAAAUAUGUUUCUUCCUACUAUUUGUAAAACAAACAUUUCUUCAGGGUGAACUUCCCCUUUAAUCUGUUUCACGAAGGUUUCAUUAUUGACAGAUUGUCAUUCAUUAGCAAUAUCGGGGAAACCCUUGGAUUUGAUUCUUUAAGGAGCACUUUUGCUUUUGAAAUUAUUGGUGCUGACUACCUCAUUACUUUCCUGUCUGCUCCCUCUUUACAAUUCAUUUAAUAAUGGCUUAAGAAGGUAAUUGAAGUGUUCCCCAAUGUUUGGUAUUUUUAUCCGUAUUUGUGUGUAGUUUGGACAAAUAGCAAAGGACCUAAUACAGGAAGAUUAUCAUGUGGGACACCAUGACAAUGUAUGCAGAUGUACUUUAAGAAUAUGUUUUGCGUAGUGUCUAUUGGAUUGCAUUUAAAAAAUGUGGUUUUGAUAGGUCUCCAAAGGAUUGUUUAGACUUGGUUCAAAGCUCAGUGAUAAAAACUCAGCCAAAUUUUGUGUACAAGGUAAAUAAGAUUGGUAUGUUAGUAAUUACAAGGAUAUAUUACAGGCCAAAAAAAACAACUAAC